AUCCUUCAAGUCCAAUGGUCAUUGAAGAUGAAACUCAACUAAAUGAUUCAAUGGAAGUACAAUUUAGAGAUGAUAAGUCUAUACAAAAUAAUCUUUUCAAUGAGAAAAAUGAGAAAGUACACAACCAUAAAUACGAAUUAUCAUUCAUUGAGUCAUUAUCUAAAUGGGUUUUACGUGUUUGUAGAAAAUGUCAAAAUUUUAACCCAGCACAAAGUGGGACGCAUAAGGAUAAACCUGCCUUACGGCAUCAAAAUGCACCAUUGGUUAUAUCAUGGGACGGGCUUCCUUUCGUGGAUAAACCGUUAGUUCUGGAAAACGAUAUCCGAGAACAAUGUGAAAUG